AUGGAAGAUGAUGAGAUACCUCAAGAGGCUCAUAUGGUUGCUACAAUCAAUGAAGAAGACAGUCUGAAGAUUGACUCAGUUGGUGAUGUAUCUCUUCAAAAAGACGUUGACAAUGUUGCUGAAAAAGAACAUCAUAAGGUUGACAAACCUCAUAAUGUUGAAGAAAACCCUCUUGACAAAGAUCAAAGAGUUGAAGAAAAUACUAAGCAAGUUGCUCAAGAAAUUGAUGAAGAUACUCAGGAAGUUGCAAAAAUAUUGGCUUCUAAGAUGAUGAACUUCAACACUGAUGUGUUUCAAGAUGCUCAGGAAACAAUUCAGAUUGUUCAAGAAACAUCUGAAACUAAAGAUCAGAAUGUUCAAGUGUCUGUAGAUCAUAAUGUUCAGCAAAAUGAUCGUGAUGUUGAAGCUACUCAAUCCAAAAAGUUGAAGCUUCAAAGUUCAUCCCUCUGUUUUCAAGCAAGGUAG